AUGUUCACGACGCUUGUCUCACUCUUCCUCUCCGUCUUCGGCGCCUUGCGCGCCGCACCGCUCUACUACUCUCGCAUCCUCACCAUUGGCAACACAAUCUGGGCCAGCUUGGGCGACCGCACGGCAACCAUCGGCACACUCCCAGGGAUCACCACUAGCACACCCGUCUUCCGCCUGCCGCCUUCCCAUGUGGUGCCCACCCUACCAGCCGGAACGUCUACCCAGUACUUCGGCGCCUCGCUCGCUUUGCUCCUCGCUGUAUUCACGACUACACUUGUCUUCUCUGGCAUCAUAUGGCGUCUGAGAGCCUUGUCACUAGCUCCCGGCGACGACGACACACCCUUCAUGCACGCCGGUGGCCCCGAGAAGAUACGCCAUACCGUCAUCGACUUCUCGGGAGCCACCUACCACGGCACCAUGAUCACGUCGGAUGUCGAAUUGGCGGGCUUGUUCGCUGGCUCCGCAGACGCCAACACGCCUUUCCAACACGAGACCCCGACAGCUCCCUCUUCUUGCGCAGCCAGUCGCGAAGAUCUGGAGUACCUCACCCUCGCCGAGUCUUCAGAGACGGUCUCUCCACCUGUCGCGCCGACGUCUGUCUUGCCGCCACCGACGACCGUCAACCCCACGACCGUUCCCGUCGAACUCGCCCCAGCAAUCGAGGAACACGACGGCGAGUGGGAUACGUGGACAAACCAUCGACGUCGACGACCACCGAGGGUUCAAGCGCCACCUUCCGCGAGAGCCUCGCGCUCUCGGUCCCUGUCCGUCUUCGCGACCUCGCGCACGUCGCACCGGCCCAUCUCAGGCAGAUUGGCCGCGUCCCCCGCGCCGACUUCCCUUGCUCCAUCGCCUCGCCGCUCAUCCAUAGCGGCACCUUCUUCUACGCAGACCACCGCACGUAGCGUAGCAUCUCAGAACAGGUUUUCGGCUCUUGAGGUGUUCGAGGUGGAAGAGUGA